ACGGUCCAUUUAAAAGUGUAUUCUUGACGUGUGUCCCCUUUGCCGAUCCGCGCGGGUCAGUUUGAUAGCAUUUGCCGCGCGCACGCAACGCAUCUCAGGCCACGACGCGCACCCGGAACGGAUUCGAGACGAUAUUCUAUAAUAUUCAAUCAGUCAUCGACCAUCAUAUAAUAAUAUAAUAUAGUGUAUUGGACAUAACGUUGUUGUAAAUUAUUAUUAUUAUUAUAGGUACGUUUCGCACGUCGGUCGGCUACCGGAUAGGCAAUAUUGCAAUAUAGCUGUCGUCACCACGCGACAGAUUUUGGUCUCACGCGGUCCCUUUUUCCAUCUCCUCGGCGAGAGUAGAGACUCAUCGCGGCUCGUCUUCGGUGCGCGAUCGGCAUUUUGAUUUUUUUCUAAACAUUUUUUCGGCAAGCACCGUUCGGGACCCGUCGUACGGUCUACUAUAUAAUAUAUUUACGUCCAUAUACUCACGUGUAGUGCGCUUACCGGAAGUCGAAAAGUCGUUAACGUCGAUCCGCCGACGUCUUCCAAUCACCGUGGACCGCGAACGAGGACUGAAACUCCGCCGCCGUCUCCUUCAGGCCGUAACGUAGUCGUCGCCGGAUGAUGUUUAGGAUGCAGGGAGCGGUGUAAUAAUAAUUAUCGUAGCUGCAGCCCAGUCCGUCAGUCCGCCAGCCGUCGCACUACGCGUCUGAAACGAGCGGAAACCGCCGCGACGACAAUAAUCUAAUCGACGGCGAUCGAUAUAAUAAUUCGCAUUCGUCCGACGGGACAAGAGCGGUCGUCGUCCGGGUGGAACCCCGCACCGGAACCGGGUACGAACCCACAAGCGUGCACCGAAACACCAAGAUCAUGAACUGGUUGCACAUGUUCAUCGUGACGGCCGUGUCCACGAUCGCCAUGAGCAGCAGUAGUGGAUCGUACAUACUGGAGGACACGCCGCUCCACUGUUCGGUGCGCCGGAGCAUAUCGCCGUGCACGUGCAGCUACUUCACCGGCAUGGUCCGGCCCAAGAUCAUGGUCAUCUGCCAGAAGAUGGUGUCGUUCGAGAGCGUCAUCGGUGCGCUCCAGAACAAGUUCGACGCGGUGUUCGACUACGUGCUCAACAUCGAGUACUCGGAACUCCACGACCUGGACACGAGGCGGUUCAACGAGCUGGGCUUCCCGAUAGUCGACCUCAAGCUCACCAAAAACAACCUCAGCACGCUACCGGACGAGGCUUUCAUCGGUAUGAACAGGAUACGGAUCCUGUACUUGUCAGACAACAGGCUUUGUGCGGUGCCCACUCAGAUAUUUAAGCACAUGCCCAGUAUUGAAGUGUUGGACUUGGCAAGGAACUCCAUACACAGCGUUGCUUCCGGAGACUUCCAAAGCCUAUCGUUGAUGAACACGUUCGUGAUGGCCACGAACAAUUUGACCGAUAUAACGAAUGGAUCGUUCCCCACGACGUUGAGAAAAGUCCAAUUGGCCGCCAACAACCUGACGGAAUUAAAUGGAAAUUUGAGAAACCAAAAAGAACUGGAAUGGCUGUACUUAUCCAACAACCGGCUAAAAAACCUCGACGGAGAAUUGCCAAUUGACAACGACAGACUCAUAGUCUUGGACGUGUCCAAGAAUAGGUUAACUCAUUUGCCACCAGAACUUAACUGUCUCAAGGCGCUGAGGUAUUUUUACUGCUCGUUUAAUCAGUUGACCGGUCUGAACAAAACGCUGUCUAAGUCGAAAAAAUUGGUUUGGCUUGAGCUCACCGGCAACAAGAUACAAGAGUUGGCGUCCGAUGAAUUCGAAGAAGCCUCAAUGAUCGAAGUGUUAGAACUGAGCAACAACUGUAUCAAACACUUGAACAAAUCGCUGUUGCCACUCACUCAACUGUCCGAGAUCAAUUUUUCGUACAAUAAACUCACCGAAUUCUCGUUGGCCGAAAUCAAGGGAUUGAAGGAACUCAAGUUGGUCGACUUGUCGCACAAUACGAUUUCCAAACUCAGUGGACACUCUGAGAUUAUAAGUGAACCAGUGACUGGAAUCGAACACUUGAAGUUGGACCACAACGAGUUGGAGUCGCUCGGUGGGUCGUUGAUAGGUAUCAAAACACUCGUCAAACUGAAUAUCAGUCACAACAAAUUCACCGACAUAUCGCCGUACGACCUGACCGGAUUAAGUUUAAAAAUCCUAGAUGUAUCUCACAAUCUAUUGCACAUACUCCCAGACUCGUCUCAGAUUAAUCUGCCGGCUCUCGAGACGUUAGUAGCGUCGUACAACGUUUUAACUGGGUUGUCGAAAGACUUCCAAGGAUAUCCCGUGCUUUGCCACGCCGAUCUCGAGUUUAACAACAUAAUGACCAUCCAGGAAGAGCUGGUUGAAAUGACCCAAUGCAAAUUGCACGGAGUGAACAGCACGUUGAGAAUAUACUUGGAAGGAAACCCAGUGCUGUGCGACGACAACACGAAAAUCAUAACGAAGGCGAUGGAGUUGAAUCACAACGCGGAAGUCAGCGGCGCCUCCAAGUGCAUUCCCGUCACAAAUGACAUAAAGACAUCUAACUUGACCGCGAUCGACCAGUCCCCAAUCACCGUGAUCGUGACCUGACGGUGACCAUAUCGUCGACUAUACGCGUAUUAUAUCUUUGAAUUAAUAUAUUAUUAUAUUAUUAUGUUUCCGUGUUAAUAUUAUAAUUAUUAUUUAUAUAUAUAUAUACACAUUCAUAUUAUAUAUAUAUACAGUUUCUUUAUUAAUUGUUUUUACUUCUCUGUUGAUUAUAAUAUACUAUUUUAUUUUAAUACUUAUUCUCGACGUCUCUCGGACCAGCAAUACUAUAAUAUAAUAUUACGUGAACUAUACGCGUGCGCCUCACUGUCGUGACAAACCUUACAACGUCUAAAGGUUUUAGGUACACACACACAUAUAUAUACAUAUAUAUUAUGAUUGUUAUAGAUACCUACUUUUGUAAACGAAGCGUAACGUAUAUAUUAUAUGCUUUGUUCAUACAUAAGUCGUCUAGACGAGCUUGUAUCGCGACUAUAUAUUAUAAUAAUAUUUUUAUGAUAUAUAUUAUGUAUAACGAUAAUAGUCUUACUAAUAACAAUAUUGUAUAUUAUUAUAGUAUUAUUAUCGUCAUCUCCAUCGUAAUUAUUAUACUGUUAAAGAAUAAUAUAUAUUAUAUAGUAUAUCGUUGAGAGGGCUUGGAUCGUAUAUAUAGUAUAUAUUAUGUAUAUUAUAUAGUACGUGUUUUAUAUUAUUAUUAUUAUUAUAAUUAUUAUUUUUUCACCUUUUCCUGUAAGGUAAGGUGUUCGUAUAAUAUUGUGUCACUCCGCUUGGAAGUUUAUAAAAAAAAGAAUAUGUUAGCGACCGUAAAAUAAUGUACUGCAGUGUUAUUAUUACAUAUGAUAUGACCAAUAUUUGUUGGUGCGAAAUCAAAAUUUCAAGAUAUAACCUUAGAUCUUACAACUACCUAUUGUUUUAUAUAAAUGUAUGUGAUGGCUAUUUUUUUUCAUUUUAAUGUUUAUAAUUGUUUUUUUUCUAUAUACAUAAACUAAUAAAAUAAAGUUAAGCUUUCA